AGCAGAGGACUUGCCGGAGCUGUGGAACAAUAUUUCGGACUAACUUUGAACGAAACCCACUAAAUUAAUGUCUUAUAUGGCUACAUUUCUUAAGAAGUGUGGGUUUUAUUUCGACUUCGACGAUUUUGUUAUCAGACUUUUUAAAAUAUUUUCACGCGAAGUUAUUAGCAGUUGAAAGCAUAGCUCGUGAAUAGCCUAUUCUCGCUAAUAGCCUAGCCGAUAUCUACAUUUAAUAAUGUUAUCGUGUUGUUCAACUAUCAUUCAACGCUGAUUUCAAGGAGAAUGUGUAUAGAUUUAUUGGGAUUUGGUCGUCCAGAAGACGGAGCAGGCAUGGAAUUCCUAUGGCUGCAUGUGUAGUCUGGAAAGUGAAAGUCCCCGCCUCUGGUAGGUUGAUCGGGGGAAAUUCUCCAUACAGUUUUCCCUUUCCCAACUCCACAUAAAACUACUUAACACAGGCAAGAUGUUCAAACUCAUGUGGAAAACUAAGAGCGAAACAAACUGCUAUUUACAAUGUAUACAAUGCAGAGUUGGACGUGUAUUUUUCUUAUUAUUUGCAGUAUGCAGAGCGUGUGUCAUUGCUGUGACUGGAUCCGACACCACUACGGACACUUGAGCGCAGAAUACCUUUCCCUGCUGGACCAGAUGGGAGGAGAUAUCACAAAGCAGAAUGCCCCUGUCUUUUUCCCAACAUCACUUUACAGACACAUAGAUGAUGCUGAGUUUGAGGACAAAGUCAGGUUCCUGAACGAGACCAUCUAUGAAAUCACAAAACUGUUUGAUGGGAAUAUGAACGCUGUCACCUGGGACAAGAAAAACCUGGAUGAUUUCCUCAACAUUAUUGAACGCCAAUUUGAGAACCUUAAUUCCUGUGUAAGUAACGAGUCUAUUUUAAAGUGUAAUCACUGUUGAGGUCAGGGCUCUCCA